CUCGCUCAUCGAUGACGGCAGCCUGCGAGCGAGCGAUCGAGAGCACAUUCGCCUUCGGUCAUCGAUUGCUUUGUCCUGACAGCUGAGUUGACGCCGGUCACCGCUCGCUCGAUCGCUCGCUUGAUCGCUUCCAAAUGGCGACUCAAAUCUCCAGUGACGAUGACGAAUGUCCUUUUUGCCAGAUAGCCAAGAGGCAAACUGAGACGGAAAUCAUCCUGAGCGACGAGGAGCUGCUGUGCUUCCGGGACGUCAAGCCGGGCGCUGGGCAUCAUUACCUCGUCAUAACCAGAAGGCACAUCUGCAACUGUAAAGCUCUGCGUGCGCAACACAUCCCCACAGAGUGUCAUGCGCUGUUGCUAGUGGAGCGAAUGGCCGAGAUGGGAAAGUGCGCCCUGGAGAAAAACAAAGUGCGCGACCUCAAAGACAUCAGGCUGGGCUUCCACGUACCUCCCUUCUCCUCCGUGCCCCACCUCCACCUGCACGCCUUGGCCCCGGCCAGCAAGAUGAACGAAAGCUCGCAGCGGAGAUACGGGCCGCAGUCGCACUGGUUCAUCUCGCGUCUUGCAGGUCGAGGAAACGCUGUCGCAGCUCAGGACACGAGGCAGAAUCAAAUGAAAUCAUCCGUGGAAUAAACAUAGUCAAGUGCU